AAAUUGCACGGUUUGAGCCCAGGAUUCGUGUGGGCUCCGACCCGCCGGCGAGGUGAGACGAUGAGCCUCACGGCGGCCUUCCGAGCCGCCAAAAUCCCCCGCACCCUCCCUACCGAAUGCGGCGAGGCCUCCGCCGCCUCCGACGGAAAGAAACCGUCGGCGGGGCCCGAGAAGAGGAAGGAGCCGCCGCCGUGGUGCGUGUACCUGAUAGCCUCCACACGGAUCCCCCGCACCUACGUCGGCGUCACCACCGACUUCCCUCGCCGUUUGCGACAACAUAAUGGUGAGUUAAAAGGUGGUGCAAAAGCUGCCUCUGCUGGGAGGCCUUGGAAUCUCGCAUGCCUUGUUGAAGGCUUUGUCAACAGAAGUGAAGCUUGUGAGUUUGAAUAUAAGUGGAAGAACAUCUCCCGGAAAAUGGCACGGAAAAGGACCGAGCCUAGCGUGGAGUCGGUGUUGCAACAUCGACAGGCAGCACUGAACAGAGUGGAAACAUGUGUGGAUUGUAGCCACCUACAAAUCAAAUGGCACUCAAGUUGAGAUUAUUUAUUUGCACUGUGCACCAGUAUGAUCAGCAUGGCUAUUGUAUUUGUUCUCUUCAUGAAGACGACAGAACAGGCUGGUCCAGCUUGUGAUUGUAUGUUUUUGUUUAUUUGUACAAGCAAUAAUUUCAGAAGGAUGGACUCUGUCUAAUUGUAAAUGGUACUUAUGUACUAUGUGAUUACUUUGACCUUGAAAGUAGGGGCGAGAAUGCCAUUGCCCAUUUCA